GGGUGAAUCGUCCGCCCUGUUCUCCAAGUUCGGAAGCUCGCUGUUCGGGCCCACCAGCUCACCCCAAAAGGUCGUCACUAACAUCCGAGGAUUCCUGUCGAACCGGCUGACCGGAGUGUCCAUCCCCGAUACAGGAUGGAAAGAUUCGAUACUGUCACUUCCGAAGAAAUGGUUGUCCACGUCGGAGGCGACCGACGAGUUUGGGUUCCCGGAGAUGCUACCGAAAGUGCCCGUCCCGACGCUGGACCAAACGAUGGCCGAGUACCUGCGGGUACUGAGUCCCAUCGUGACGGCCCAGCAGUUGGACCACACUCGAUCCGUCAUUAAGCACUUCACUGCACCCAACGGGCCCGGCACCGCCCUGCAGCAGUAUCUGCUGGACAAACGCGACGCCGAUGACAACUGGGCCUAUUACUACUGGCUGAAUGAUAUGUACCUGGACAAUCCGCUCCCGCUGCCGAUCAACUCCAACCCGGGCAUGGUGAUGCCACCGCGCAAGUUCACCACCGUCAACGACAUCUCCCGGUUUGGGGCGCGGCUCAUCGACCAUCUGAUGCUCCACAAGGAGAUGCUCGACGGCGGUGGGCUGGUCCAGGAACGGGCGACCUCCCGCGAGAAGGGUCAACCGCUGUGCAUGGCCCAGUACUACCGUCUGCUAGGGUCAUGCCGUAGACCUGGGGAUCCGAGGGACAGCCAGUAUCUGCCCGAACAGAGGACCGACGAGCACGUGGUCGUUUGCUGCCGCAAUCAGAUGUACUGCCUCCCGGUGAAGGCCGGUGAUCGCGGCCGGCUCAACGAGGACGAGAUCGCCUCGCAGCUGCUGUACAUUCUCAACGAUGCGCCCUGUUUGGCGCGGAAACCACCCCGUAUCGGAGUCCUGACCACCGCGCAGCGUCCCCAGUGGGCCAGGGAUCGUCAGAUGUUGCUGCUGGAGGAGCAGAACGCCCGCAACAUCGAACUGAUCGAGCAGGCCCUCGUGCUGAUCUGCAUCGACGAACCGAUCCCGUUGACGUACAACGCGCGCGGGUUCAACGGGUCACCGGCAGGGGCGCACUACUGCGGCGGUCGUGACGAGAGCAACAUGGCCCAGGAGAUGAUACACGGCGGCGGUUCGGAGUUCAACUCCGCCAACCGGUGGUUCGACAAAACCAUGCAGCUGAUCAUCUGCAACGACGGAACGUGGGGCCUGUGCUACGAACAUUCGCCGUCCGAGGGCAUAGCCGUGGUACAACUGCUCGAGGGCAUCCUGAAAAAGAUCGACGAGAUGCCGGCCGAGGCUGGGAACGACACUGCCCAGAAUCAUCUACCACCGCCGGAGCGCCUGGAGUGGAUCGUUCGACCUGAAAUCGAUCUCCGAAUGCGGGAAGCCGCUCGCAGCAUUGACCGGAGCAUCGAGGACCUGGACUUUUACGUGUAUCGCUACAAACCGUUCGGCAAGAACUUUAUCAAGGCUUGCCAGGUCAGCCCGGACGUCUUCAUCCAGCUGGCGCUGCAACUGGCGUAUUUCAAACUCUAUGGCCACCUGGUGAGCACUUAUGAGAGUGCCUCGACGCGACGAUUCAUGCUCGGUCGGGUAGACUGCAUUCGCUCGGCCAGCUCGGAGGCUCUCGAGUGGGCCAAGGCCAUGUGCCAGGGCGAGGGCGCCAACGUAACGCUCGAGAGUGACAAGGAAGACGACUACAGCGCCGAGGCGGCCAACGACGCCAAAAAAAGAGAUAACUUGCGCGAGCUGUUCCGUUGUGCGGCGGCCCGUCAAACCGAAGUCAUGGUCCAGAACAUCCUAGGUCACGGCAUCGACAUACAUCUGUUGGGACUCCGGGAAGCCUCCAAGGAGCUUAACCAGGGUACCGUCCAUGAUCUGUUCACCGACGAUUGCUACAAAAUUGCAAACUGUUUCCUACUGUCCACAAGCCAGGUCGCCUGUUCCACCAACAGCUUCAUGGGCUACGGACCGGUCACGCCCCAUGGUUACGGAGCAUCGUACAAUCCGCAUCCGAACGAGAUCAUCUUUUGCAUUUCGGCGUUCUUCUCGUCGGACAAAACGAGCGCCUCGCGGUUUGCCCGCUCGCUGCAGGAUUCGCUGGACGCCAUGCGGGAUUUGCUGUCCUAAAUAUCCACCGCACCGAAGGCCUUAGAAAAUGACGGGGAUUCCCAGAGAGAGGAAACCCCUGAUAGGGUUGGAACUCAGUCUCCGGGUUAAUUUUCACAACUGUGUAACCUUGACAGCUGUCAAAAGUACACGCUUGUUAGAAAACAAUCCUUUGGGGAUCCCUACAACACGGAAUCAUAUAAACUACUGCAUUGAUCUAAAAAAACACAAAACAAACAAAUCGAACGCAUACAUAUCAAUUAAAUUGUGAGGUUUUAAAAGUUGAUUCAACACUUCUAGUGGACCUCCCGGGUAGAUCAUCCCGAGGAGGCCGAUCCAACCAAAGAAACAGGAACAUAUCAUUAGCGUGUAAGGUUUAUAUUAAGAAACUAGGAAAAAUCGAAUCUACGAAACAUAUCACUGAAAACAUACGAAGUAUAAAUAAUACAUAUCCUAUUAAUAUAUACUCAACAGUGUUGUUAUCAAUAUCGUUGCUGAUGUGUGUACAUCUAGUUGAACUUAUUAUGUUUGCCGAAUUCUAUGCAAAUUAUGUUACUCAAUUUGAAACUGCGUGUAGUAGCAAUACCCUAAAAAAUCUAAAUCAAAGCGAUUUAGAACUCUUGUUUGAAUAUAUAGAAACAAAACUAGCUCUAAUUUGUUCGGUUUUAUGUUCCAAAGGUGAAACAAAGCUUCACCUAUCUAGUCACCUUAAAUGCACAGUUGAAAAACGUUCGUGAUAAGUUAAGUUUAAAGUUGUUUUCAAAAAAAAAAGAUCUCAAAGUUUAAAAAGCUUACAUAGGGUAAAACACUAAUCGGUACCAAACAUGCAUGUGAAACUUGAUUUAUUCAUGUGGAGUAAAGUUAUUUUGAAUGUUCGAAUCUUGUUGCUCAUCGAUCCGAUCGCAGCAGCCACAGAUUCGGGCGCCCGCACAGUAAAUUCUUGUCCAUUCGAAUCGAAAAAAAAGCAAAAUCUUAGCAGCCAUAGAAAGAACACGCGCCGAACAAGUUGAGGUUCGAUGACAGAGUUUAACGAAACUGAACAUCCCCACACACACAGUUGCGUGCAAGCUUUCACGCAACGUUGCGUGCAGUUUGUUUAAGGUGAAGCACGGUGAAUGCUUGCAGCUCUAUUAUAAACCAGCAAAAAAAAAUUACACAAAUGCAGAACCAGUUUUAGGAAAAAAAUUGUAAAACAAGGUAUCAACAUGUGAAAACAACAAUAUUUAGCGAUGAGUUUGAAACUAGCGGUCGAGAUAUGUAAUAUAGCAUUUACAGUGAACCUGAUAUUAACUGAAACAUAUCAAUUUGAUGAAAAACAAAUAUAAAAAACUGAAACCGUAUUGAAAAAAUAAGAAUCUCUACAUAAGUCACAUUUUGCAGAUAUAUUUAAAAAAAAUGAAGAAACAGGAGCAAAAUUCGAACGACUGUAUUUUUUUGAGGAUUUUAUUUGAAACAGUUUUAUUUCAAAUAAUCUGACAAAGAAAAUAAUGUUUUAAGAUAAGAAUGUAGAUAUCAAUUCAAGUUCAAGAUUAAAUGGUUUGGUCUUUAUGAAAUUUUGAAGUUUCAAAUAAAUUCCUUUGUAAAAAAAAUACCAGUAUAAAAUUAAAUUAUAGUAUUUCAAGCCGGAAUUACAAUUAGCAAAGUAGUAUGCUUUAAAAUGUGUUGCAUUGAAUAUUUGAGAAAAGUAGAAAAAAAAGUCAAAGAAGUUAUGUCACAGACAUAACCGGAAUGGCGUAGACUUACGUAAAAUUUAGAUAUGUGGACAUGUGGGUUUUCCAUAUAUUAAUUUGAAGAAUUAGCUAUAUUCUUUAAAUAGAUUUACGGAAUAUGAUCAUGAAUGGGAGAUGGAAUUCAGCUAAGGGCGUUAUUUCGGGGUGGUUUUCUUUCAAAUUGUAUGUAGUGUUUGGUGGGAAUGAUGAACAAGCAGAACUCUUUCGUGGGAAAAUUGGUGGCCCUAAAAAGGACCGAUUAGAGUUGGAUGGUGGCGUUGGUCGCAAGGCUCGGUCUUGGCAUCAGGCUCGAUCUUGGCGUCAGGCUGCAACCGGGAGAUGUUCUGUCCAGAUGGGUGAUAGGCCGCGGUGGAUGCUGCAGGUGCUAGCGUUGUUGAUGGAUGCGAAACCGACAAAGUUGUUUAGGAAAGCGUGUAGUAUUUGCGAAUGAUUGUGGUGCGAAAUUUAGAUUAGGCUGGUGUAUCAACCAAAGUCAAAAUCGGCCGAUGAUAACUAAAAUACGAAACAUACCUUCGUGACUGUGUUAGAACAUUUCUACCAAAAACAAGGUCAAGGCAUGUGCGCCCAAAUGUCGUUGUCUGUAAAGGAUCGGAAAGCAGAUCAAGCUUGAGGUAUUCUUUCAUAAAAUCAACAAAUUACAAAUUUUCCGGUUUGAGGAUAUCAAUGUUAAAAUCCCCAGACACAACAAUCCGGAUGUCCUGCUUUGCAUAUUAGAACAAAUUCCGGAUCAAGAAAUAAAUUUUCUGUUUGUAUGUUGCACUUGGCGAAAUAUACACAACAACAAACAGUGUUUGAAUCCCAUUUUCUGAAACUUUUGUGGCACAAAUAUCCCCAAACGAAUCAGCCUCGAGUAAAAUUGGAUCAUGUUCCUCACUUAACUGCUCAAGAUCGUGAGGCAUGGCCGUCGAAGAAGACGAAUUUUUAUGGAAAAUUGCAACCCCCCCGGCCCUUACAUUGGCACGUUUAAACUCAGCGAUACAAUGGUACCCCUCAAUGCCCACAUUAGAACAAUUGUUCAACCAAGUUUCACUCAAUGCCAGGAAAUCGACUUUGGUGAGCAAGAAAUCAGUCGAAACAUCCAAAUGAUGAGCGUUUAAACUUUCAACGUUGAAACUGAUAAGACUGGAGCUAUGGUCCGUCGAAUCCAGAAACUCCUCCAAAAUAUCGCUGUGCGUUACAAGUUGGUGAUUAUUCAGCCUUUGCUGUUCCGUCCUCAGAUCCACCAUUCGAGGUGUGUUGCACUGCUUGGCAUGAUAGAAUUUAUGUUCCCCUGAUUAGGAUUAAGUGUUCAGAAUUGAUCAAGGCUAACUCUUUCGUGAUUGUUUUGGGUGGUCCUAAAAAGGAUCAAAUUUCUGAAAGAAAAGUUGAAGAUUAUUGAAUUUCUGAAAAGAAGAUUAAGUUAUGAAUGGUUAUAAAGUUCUACGCCCUGGCAUCCCAAGAAAACAAACGCCUUGGACGACUUACAACACUGGAGGAAACCAUUUAUAGACAACUUACAAUCCCAAGUUGACAACAUCCUUAGGCCACUUUCAACCCACCCAAACGUUUAUGGACGACUACUCUACCAACUUACUUUUGAAUUUGCGCUUUUGGACGACCCUUCAAGACGCACAACCGAAUUUCAAACGCUGAACCCCCGAACACGACAGACUGGCGAACGCUGAGGGAGCCAAGCCUAAGAGCAAGAGAUCUUCCCAGAUUUGUUACUCUUGCAAACUUGCUGGUUUUAAAUCUGGGUUGAUCUCUUGCUCUUAGAGCCAAACUCCCCAACCCAACAGAACUUACACACCCUUAGUGCCAAGACCCGUGCCGACCCCUAAUUGGACGGAACACCCAUUCGAACGGCAAAGAGAGAAAAGAAAGAGACGAAGGAAUUUUAGCGAGCCGAAUGGGGGGAGGGGUUGGGGGCGAGAGCAGCCUCAGAAAGCUGUGCAUUCCGUCGCCCCCCCAGACCAAAAUUUGUUCCUGAAAUUUAAAUUCAAAUUAGCUCGCUGCCUCGUCCCGGGUGGAACGAGGGAUGAGGGCAACUCUUUCAACAGUUUGGAAUUGGACACGACGCAAUUCUUUCAGAAACGCUCGCCGCGAAUGCGACGAGCUAGUUGUUGUUUCACAACCACGGCUUGACCCACGAGAGGCUCUUCAGCGGAAGGCAGCAGGCGCGCGCCUCAUCUCGUUGAUGCCUCGUCCCGGGUGGGACGAGGGACGGGGAGUGAGGCAACUCAGAAACACGGCAACCACGAAAGAUCCAAACGGUCCGGCCAUCGAGAGGCAACUGGCUGACGGUGACGUCGAGAAGGCGAUGCGCGCUUCUUUUCCAGUUCUGGUCCCUCUCUCCUGCUGCUGCUGCUCUGGUCUCUCCUGCUGCUGCUGCUCUGGUCUCUCCUGCUGCUGCUGCUGCUCUGGGCUGAGCUUUCCUGCUGCUGCUGCUGCUGCCGGUCCGACGUCUGAGACGUGAAUGAUAGAAUGGGCUCUGGCGCGCGUUCUUAUAUAGCCUUUCGGUCCGCUACUUCCCCUCCUUUUUCGCGACCGACACUCGGUCGCGUUGCUCGGAUGAUUUUCCCCUCAAAAUAGGUACUUGACAUUCCCGUCCGUGAGUGGGAAGCGCUCAUUUUGCUUGCAAAAUCUGUGCAUUUUGAAAACAUUUUAAAACAUUCAAUUGUUUCAAUAGUUAAACUAUUUUGCCAACAAUGAAAGUUUUAUAGCAAAUUGCUGAAUAAUUUUCGAAUCGAAUGGCACAUAAAUCGUGUCGAUUCGAUUAGAGGGAAGGAAGAUAUAAGCGUUUGACGGAUGACGCAGUUAUCCAGGGCCUUCGGCCCGAAUUUUUGGAAUGACACCCCAGUACCUUCGACAAAGACGUAAGUCUACGUCAAUAUAAGCGAGCUCCUAUAAAUAGAAGCAAAUAAAAUAAGCUAAGCUCUAUUGUUGCUGAUCAGUAUUGUUAUCCCCAACAUAACUUGUUACGUUUCGUGUAUAAUCGAUCUUUUACCUGUGUUGAUAUAAUUAGUAGUAAUUUAUGGUCAAAUUUGAACUUUGA